AUUUAUUGUACCUUAACUCUUGUUACUAUAUUUCUUUUUAGGCAUGUGGUUACUGGAGAAUCUUUUACUUCCCUUGGUUACCAGUUUCGUGUCGGCAAGGCCACAGUACACAAGAUUGUCAAGGAAACCAGCAAAGCCAUAUGGGAAACACUACAACCACAGUAUUUGCCUGUACCUGAUGAACACCAGUGGGAAGAAAUAGCCAGAACGUUUUUUGAAAAAUGGAAUAUUCCUAACUGUAUUGGGAGUAUUGAUGGCAAACACUGUCGCCUGAAAUGCCCAGCUAAAGCAGGAUCACUUUUUUACAAUUAUAAAGGAUACCAUUCCAUUGUUCUGCUAGCUAUUGUUGAUGCCAAUUGUUGUUUCACACUGAUUGAUGUAGGGCAAUAUGGACGAAACAGUGACAGUUCAGUUUUCACUGAAUCAAACAUGGGUAGGUCAUUUCUCUGUGGUAGUUUAGGCAUUCCACCAUCACGUGAAAUACCAAAUACUGUAACCAAAACACCCUUCUUUCUUGUGGGAGAUGAAGCUUUUCCUCUGAAGCCUAACAUUAUGAGGCCAUAUCCUAGAAAAGACUUGGACUACCCUAAAAAAGUAUAUAACUAUCGGAUCAGCCGGGCUAGAAUAACAGUAGAGCGUGCCUUUGGAAUUUUAGCUAAAAAAAUUGGUAUACUUCAGACGUUAAUGGAGACAAGUGUUGAAGUAUCUGAAGCAGUGGUGAAAAGCAUUUGUGUACUCCAUAAUUUCAUCCAACAUGAAAACAGUUUCAACUACUUUCCAAGUGAUGCUGUUCAUGAUGCAACACAUUCCCAUUCUUCAAACUCAAGCCUGACUGCAACAAGAAGCAAUAGGGCUACAGCAGAGGCUAUGGCAGUUCGCGACAGCUUGAAGGAAUAUUUCAUUUCCCCAGGUGGAGCUCUUGAGUGGCAAGACCGAGCGAUCCAUCGUAAUGUGUAG